AUGGAAACGCACCUGCUGCUGCUCUUCCCCCUCCUCCUCCCGGGCUCAGGCUCAUCAGAUGUCAUCACGGGUCCAGGAGAAGUGAGAGGUCUGGAGCAGGGCUCACUGACCAUGCAGUGUCGCUAUGUCACAGGGUGGGAGACCCAUGUGAAGUGGUGGUGUCAGGGGGCUGAUUGGAAGAGAUGCAGGAUACUUGUUAAAACCAAUGGAUCAGAGCAGGAGGUGAAGAAGGACCGUGUGUCCAUCAGGGACAAUCAGAGAAACCGCACGAUCACCGUGACCAUGACAGAGCUCAGGCAAGAGGACACAGACAUCUACUGGUGUGGGAUUGAGAAAGUCGGAACUGACCGUGGGGUCCAAGUUAGAGUCACCAUUGACGCAGUGCCAGUCACUUUGGAAAGCGCUACAGAGUCCCCAGCUGUGACCGACCCCGACUCUGACACCAGUGAUGGCUUCAUGAAUCUCAGCAUCCUCCUGCCCCUCCUUUUUGCUCUGUUGCUGCUUCUCUUGGUGGCAGCCUCACUGCUGGCUUGGAGAAUGGUGAAGCGGCAGAAGAAAGCUGCUGGAAUAUCACCAGAGCAGGUGUCCCAGCUCUCCGAGAACGAUGUCUAUUAUGCCAACCUGACCCUGCAGAAGACUGGAGCCUCCUCUGGCUCCUCCAGGGAGAAGCCCCCCUCAAAGUUUCCCUCCUCUGCCCAGGAAGAUCAGGUAGAAGUGGAAUACAUCACCAUGGAUCCCUUUCCAAAGGAGGACAUUUCCUAUGCAGCCCUGACUUUGGACACCUUGGGUCAGGACUCAGUCUACAUGAACACGGGCGACCUCGUCACCAACCUUCCCAGCAGGAGCCAAGAGGAGCUCACGCAAUACAGCACCAUCAGGAAGCCUUAG